AUGGUGUCUGGUGCUGAUGAAACUAAGGCUGCUCUGAUCAUCAUCUUUGUUCUUGGGCUUACUUGUUUAUGCAAUGGAACCUUCACACAUAUCCCAUUACCCUUGCCUUAUUAUAGAUUUGUUGUAAGAGAAGCUUGGCACAGUAGACUAUGUGUAGCAAAGAAGAUACUAACAAUCAAUGGACAGUUUCCUGGUCCAACUAUUUAUGCUUAUAGGGGAACCACAGUUUUAGUUCACCUUCAUAACUAUUCUCCUUACAAUGUUACUCUUCACUGGCACGGAGCGAAACAAGAAAGGUAUCCUUGGUCUGAUGGCCCCGAAUAUAUCACACAAUGUCCGAUUAAACCGGGUGGGAGUUUCAAACAGAAGAUUUUAAUUGCAGCCGACCAAGAGGGUACCCUAUGGUGGCAUGCCCAUAGUGAUUGGUCUCGAGCAACUGUUCAUGGUGCCAUCAUAGUCUACCCUAAGCUCGGUUCUUCUUACCCCUUCCCAAGACCACACCAUGAGGUUCCCAUCAUAUUAGGAGAAUGGUGGAAGAAGAAUGUGCUGGAGGUAUUAGAGGAAUCAGUUAUAACCGGGGCAGACCCAAAUGUUUCUGAUGCAUUCACCAUUAAUGGUCAACCUGGUUUCCUCUAUCCUUGCUCUAAUCUAGGUGCCUACAAGUUAUGGGUUCAACAAGGGCACACAUAUCUCCUACGGUUUAUAAACGCGGCCAUGAACAACGUCCUAUUCUUUUCCGUAGCCAAUCAUGAUUUAACUGUGGUUGCAGUUGACGGUAGCUACACCAAACCCAUGACAAGGCCACAUAUCACCAUCUCCCCAGGUCAAACACUUGACGUGUUGUUACAUGCCGAUCAACCUCCUUGUGGCCGAUAUUAUAUGGCUGCUAGAAGCUACACAUCUGGGAACAUAUCUUUCGAUAAUACAACCACAACCGCCCUCUUAAAAUACAUAGAUUGUUGGAGGUUCAACUGGUCGAGACCUACCAUGCCGUAUCUUCCAGCAUACAACGACGUAUCAUCUGCAGUUAAUUUCUCUUUCAGCCUCCGUAGUCUCGCCAACAAUAGAUAUCCCAUCAGUGUCCCACUAAACAUCACCACCAAAAUCAUCUCAACCGUCUCAAUCAACACCCGCCCUUGUAAUCAUACAUCCGGCGAAUCAAAAAACAUUACAUGUCAGGGCCCAAACGGGACAAGACUAGCUGCCAGCAUCAACAACGUAAGCUUCGUGAUCCCAACACGGAUUGACAUACUACAAGCCUAUUACAACCGACUUAAGGGCGUGUUCGAUACACGGUUCCCAAACUUUCCUCCGCUCGAAUUCAAUUACACUGCGGAGGACUUGCCGGUUUCGUUAUUGACUCCAACGAGGGCGACUAAGGUGAAGCUGUUGGAGUAUAACGAGAACGUGGAGAUGGUUUUCCAAGGGACCAGUUUGUUGGGUGGUUUGGAUCAUCCUAUGCAUAUACAUGGUUAUAACUUCUAUGCAGUUGGAGGGGGGCUUGGGAAUUUCGACAAGAAUAAGGAUCCAAUGAAAUACAACCUUGUUGAUCCACCUCUAAGAAAUACUGUAUGUGUCCCAAUUAACGGAUGGAUUGCAAUCAGAUUUAAAGCUAAUAAUCCAGGAGUUUGGUUUAUACAUUGUCAUUUGGAGCGACACUUAACUUGGGGAAUGAAUACUGUAUUAAUCGUAAAAGAUGGAAAGCGUCCCGAGGAGAAAAUGUUGCCGCCUCCUCGCGACAUGCCCCCUUGUUAGC